UUACUACAAGUCAUUUUAAAAGAAAAAAAAAUCAAGCUUGGAACAGGAGCUUGGAGAUAAGCUGCUGUGCUGAAAGUAAAGAAUCCGAGCAAGCUGAAGAAGGAGAAUAAGGAACGAGUGUAAAGAGGAAAGAGAGCCUGAAACGUAAAGAAGGGAAGACAGAAAGAAAGCUGAAGCAGCAGAAGAUCCUCGUUGUAGACCAUGUCUCUGGAGGUGAAGGAGAAGAACCAGGUGCGUCUGGUGUUCAUGGGAGCAGCCGGCGUAGGCAAGACAUCUCUGAUCCGUCGCUUCCUGGACGAUUCGUUCGAGACCAAACACAGGCGCACGGUGGAGGAGCUGCACAGCAAAGAGUACGAGUUCUCAGGCAUCAAGGUGACGGUGGAGAUCCUGGACACGAGCGGCAGCUACUCGUUCCCGGCCAUGCGCAAGCUCUCCAUUCGCAACAGUGACGCCUUCGCACUCGUCUACGCCAUCGAUGAUGCGGAGUCUCUCGAGACGGUCAAAAAUCUGCGUGAUGAGAUCCUGGAGGUCAAAGAGGACAAGUUCAUACCCAUCAUGGUGGUCGGGAACAAGAGCGACCGAGAUGAGUGCAGGCAGGUGAACUCUGAAGAUGUUCUGGCUAUGGUGGAGCUGGACUGGAACAACAACUUCCUCGAGGCAUCAGCCAAGGAGAACGAGCAUGUCGUUGAGGUGUUCAGGGAACUUCUCCAGCAAACCAACCUGCCCAUGCGGCUGAGCCCGGCGCUGAGACGGCGCAGAGAGACAUUUCCUAAAAACGCAGACUUCAGGCCUCCCAUGAAUAAAACCAACAGCUGCACAGUGUCUUAACAUCACACAUCAAACAUCUCCAACACCUCCAUCUUCUCACGCAGGAGGGAACAAUGACCCGGACCAUGAAGAGGUAAAAACAGGAAAAACAAUGAGCAAAGACUAAACUACCAAGAAUUCUCUUCUGCUUCCUGACCACGAGAGAGAGAGAGAGAGAGAGAGAGAGAGAGAGAGAGACAUGAAGGAGAAAAAAAAAACAGAAUAAAUAUAUCAAUGAACAUAAAGGUAAAGAACUGAAAAAAGACUUUUAAAUGUUUUGUGCUGCUCCAGAAUAGACGUGCGAUCAAGGUGUUAAUAAUUUAAUACAUUUUGCGUAUUUUAUUCGUGUUGUUUAUAACAAAACCUCUCUCGCCAUGUUGAUGGAUAAAAAAGCAAUUAUACACCAAGUUGACAAGUUCUUUGGGUUCUUCAGGUUCCUCCUGCAUAGACCGACACUCCCACAAUCAACUGCUUCUGGUUUAAACACACAUUGCCACAAAAGUUUUGGCACCCCAAAUAUAUACAUAUAAGGUACUUGAUAUAUUAUAUAUAACUAUCGUGUAUUUUCUGUACGUACCAAUGUUUUGUGUUUAAAGAAUGUAUGGAAACUUUUAUUGUUAUUAUGUUUACACUAAAAAAGACUAAAAGUGCGCUGGAACAAGUAAAAUUUUUUUUUACAUGGAUUGUAUGUGCAGUUAUAAAUGUGUUUCAAAGAAGAAAUAAACUAAUAAAAGUGUUUUUAUUUUCAUUUUAAA